AUGAAAUUCAGAUCCGUGGAGUUUCACGAAUUGGUCGUGCGAGGACUGGACCUGUGGGUUGACGACAACGUGAAAGACAGGGCCGAGAUCCUCGUCGGCCGGCCCGCAAUAAAUGCCUUUGGGUAUUCCGCCGACGGGGUGCUCGUGGCGGCAAGGAAGCUAGCCGCCAUCUGGGACCUGGACGCUCUAGAUCCAGAGCCAGAACCGACGACGUCCAUGGCGAGAGUGAAUCGCCUUAUGCAGGCGGAGUUGGAUGACGACGGGGACGAAUACGAUGGUCUCCAGUGCGCGACGCCAUUGCCGUGUUCGUUCGACGUGACUGCGCAAGCAGAGCGCAAGGCAGCAGUCUAG